AUGAUUCCACUCCGAUCACCCCUUCGCCCUAACACGAACUCUUGGGCUUUAGUCUAUUCCUGCACCCGUUCAUACUCGGCAUGGCAACACAACCUAACCUGGUGCAACGCACACUACAAAAGCUCUCUCAAGCUACUUCGCCUUACACUACCAGAGCUGCCAGGGGUACCUCUACAUCCGCCACCACCACUGCUGCUACGGGGCGUACACCCGUAUACUUUGUGUCUCAUGGAGGUGUUCGUUACCCCUUCCCGAAUAUAAGCCACCUCGUUACAUAUUCGCCCUCACUAACUUUCUGCUUCUUUUCCGGUGAGGAAAAGCCAAACAUAAUGUACCAAGUCGAGCACCCGGCCUUCCACCAAUUUCAAAAGAUUGGGAAGGAAAUCACUACAAAGGUCAAGCCGAAGGCUGUCGUGGUUUUCUCGGCACAUUGGCAGGCAGCGGCGGCGGGGAGUAAGGUUGAGGUCAAUACCGCGGAAUUCGCCGAUCUGAUAUAUGAUUAUAAUGGCUUUCCGGAUCAUUACUAUAAGCACAAGUAUCCGAAUGUGGGGUCCCAGGAGCUUGCGGAAAAGGUUUUGGAGUUGCUAGAGGAGGCUGGGAUUGAGAGCCAGGGAGUAAAGCGGGGGCUUGAUCAUGGGGUUUUUACUCCGUUUACCUGCAGUAUGUGCCUUUUCGAUCCCGGGUUGGGCAGACCGGGGGGUAGUGAUUCGGGUGGCUGACCGCGGUAGUGUUUGACCCGGAGGAGAAUCCACUGGGGGUUCCGGUAGUGCAGGUUUCGCUAUUUGGUCAAGAGGAUCCUAAUAUGCAUUAUGCUCUCGGAAGGGCUGUUUCCAAGCUCCGAGAUGAGGGGGUGGUUAUUAUUGGAUCCGGAAUGGCAGUACAUAAUCUCCGGUAGUGUCCUCCCUUACUCUGAUUCUCUUCUCAAUCCUAACGAUGGAUUUAGUGACCUCCAAUCUGCGAGGAUGUCUGGUAAGCUGUUGGAUUACGUUGUUCCUUUUGACGAAGCUAUAAAAGAGGCAGUGACAAAUGUCGCCUCGGGCGAGGAACGCAAAGCAAAACUAGCAGAGCUCCUCACCAGGAGCGAUGCCAGAAACGCGCACCCCACCUUCGAGCAUUUGCUUCCCGUCCAUAUCGCCUCUGGGGCUGCUGGAGGCGAUAAUGCAGUUCAAUUGUGGACACUACCAGAGAUGAGUAUGAGCUGGGCGCAGUACCGGUUUGGUGAAGUUCAAAGUUAG